GCCAACAAAGCGUUCGCGUUCCAUUUUGUUGUUUGCGUGUUCCGUAGCGUUGCUGUUGCGGAACAGAAAACUGAACCCCAUCCGUCGUGCGUUUCAGCUAUACGGAGUCCGUGACUCCCCUUGCGCGUCCAAGUAAGUGAGGACCACGUUGUGGACUAUAUUCAACCUUUUCCGGGCGAGAGUACACGACAAUGCCCCCGCGAAAAAAUACGGCGCGCCGCGGUCGACCAUUCGCCAAGUUAGGAGAUAGCGGCGAUAGGACGGCGUCGCAGGACGACGUUCCCUCGGAAGCAGCGCACGUCGCUUCUUCCGAAGGCUCAGAGAAGCCUGGGCCCCAAGCUAAAAAGCCGGCUGUAUCACCGCGCAAGGUGGCUGCGCCAAAGCCCGUCGCUGCCAAGCCUCGGACCGGCGCCAUUGAACCGGCCGCUAAAAAGCGCGCCGUCGCCGCCAAGCCGGCAGCCGUAAACGAGGAUAGUUCGGUACGAACUAUCAGCGACGCUUCCGAGGCCGAUGCGGAAGACGACGGGGCCUUCGAGGCGCUCGUUCUCGAUGCGGACGACGACGAAGAGGUCCCUCCCGAGAACGCCGGGGACGGGGAGACCGGCGUUGAAGACGACUCGGCGUCCGCCCCUAACGAGGGAGGUGUUGCAGUGAGUGCCGACGAAAACGCCGAGGGAGAAGACGCGGGAGCGGGCGAAGCCGACGAGGCACCGGGCGACGACGCGGUCGACGAGGAAGGGAACGGCGACUACGCCGGCGAGCCUGAAGAAGGUGCCGAAGGUUGUCAAGGGGACGCCGAAGGUGCCGACUACGAAGGCGAUGGUGACGCGGAAGUAAAUCCUAACGAAGAAGGAGCAGUCGGUGAGGCGGACUAUGCGGAGGGCGACGAGAUGGGUGACGUCGAGCACCCGGCAGAGGACGGGUUGGAAGGUGACAACGCCCUGGAUGAACAUGCUCCGAACGAUGCUCCGGAACCAAGCGCCGACGACGGAGUGGAGGCUCUCGAGAACGGCGUCUCUGCUGAGCCAGAACACGAAGAAGCGGGAGAAGAUGUUGCUGCAGCGGCCACCGCAAGUGGCGACGGCGAAGGCGAGACGAUCGUGCGCGAUCUGGCGCCUUCCGAGCGCGACUUCGUGAUGGCCGAGGUUGAAGAGAUCAAAGACGAGCCUACUACCGAGGUGACCCGGUUGUGGGACCUGUGCCCCGACGUGGAGCUCGACGGUGCCGAGACCAUCACGGCAUCGGUUCACGAGACCAUUCAGCGGUCGGUACGUCAGUUCAUCGAGAGACUUCUGCGGGACGCCAAGGAGACGGGUACGGUUCCCGACGGUGCGAGCGCUGCUGCUAAGGAUGGGAAGCCACUGUACGGCUGCAACCUCUGCAACAUUGAGAUGGACCAGCCCGAGUUGUUUGACUGCCACGUGGAAAGCCAGCGCCACAUCAAACGCCUCCGUUGGAUGUACUUCAUGGGCAUGAACA